UCUCAACGAGGAAGGAGGGGGUUGAUGCCAUCGUACGGGUCGUUUCCGAUUUACUUCCAGGGUAGUGCUCCUUUUGUCCGGAUGCGGUUGGUAGGGCGAUCACAGCUUGGAUGCGGGUAGAGGUCUAAACCCUGAGAUUUUGUGUCGUUUUUCACUCGCUGAACCCUGCCAUCCCUAACCACUUACCUCUCCCUCUCGUCCUGCUAAGUCUACUCGCUCCCACCCGUCUUAUCUCUCCUCUCUGACCGCCUUGCGUCCCACGUUUCCCGCUGACCGCCUGUCGUCUGUUGACUGUAGCUGCGGUCGCCCGUCGCACCGUUGGCGAGAGCAUGCGACCGCCGCUUAACGCGCCCCUGCCCCUGGCGGGUAAGGACCCGUCCCCAGCCCCGCCAGCAUUUUUGCCUCUCCCCUCCUCCGCCUUCCCCACCGGGUCCCGCGAGCGGCUGCGCGCAUUGCUUGCGGAGGCCACGGCAAAUGCGCCACCCUCGUCCGCCAACCCCUGUGCUGCCGAUGGCGCGUCUGCGCUCGCCGCGUGCUCGUCGCUGGGCCGAGGAUCCGCCGGGCUGAGCAGCGAGGCAGAAUGCAGCGCAGCGGACGACGUGGCGUGCACUGCGGGUGAGGUGUGGGAGAGGGGGGAGAGGGGGGAGAGCGAAGAAGUGGCGAUAGCGGAUGGCGAGGGGCGGAGAGCGGGCGAAGAAGCAGGCGGCGAGGAGGACGUGGCGUCGGGGUGGGGUGCGAGCGGGGAUGGCGCCCAGCCGCAACCGCAUGCGGGGCGCCUCGUACCGCCGCAAGUGGCAGGCAGCGGGCAGCCAUGCGACGCCGCCAUCGCCGCCGCCAACCCCUUCGCGCGCCCUCCAGCGCCGCCGCGGAUGCCCGUGGUGCCGCCCGCGGCGUGCGCCAGACGCCGGCCCCCCAGCGGGUCUAAGAGCUUCGCACAGCGACUGGCGGCACGCGCCGCUGCUGCCGGCGAUGGGGUUGCGGGAGGCACGGAAGGGGGCAGCGCGCGCGGCAUGGCAAGCGUCCCCGCGCGGCUGGUGACGGGCGCGAGCGCGUCGGGACCCGUGUGCUUCCUCAUCGCGGGGGGGCUGAGCCCCGCCGCGCUGCUGGACUCGCCCGUGGUGGCGCACAGCCAGCCCUCCGCCAGCACACCGCUCCUGCCGCAGGGGGGCUUGGAGGGGGCAGCGGGAGGACGGGGGGGGCACACGGCGCUCACCGCCAUGCAGCGCCACACCCAUGCUGCGUGCAUGCUGCCCUGCUCCACUGCUCCGCCCUCUGAUAAUGGCGGCAGCGCCAUGGGGGGGGGACAUGGCCACGGCCAUGGGCAAGAGGGCGCGACAGGGGGGGUGGCAGGGGGCGACGUGGCAGUCCAGGAGUGCACAUAUGGUGAGACACACACAGAGGCGCUCUCAGGAGCAGCGGUAGGAGGCGAGGACUUGCAGCGACAGAGUGGGGAGCAGUGGGCGGGCGACAGGGAUUGGCAGCAGCAGCGUGGAGGGGUGGCGGGCAGCGACAUGCAUGUCUGGUGGCAGCGCUGCAGCGCGGAGGGAGAGCAGGGUGAACGGGUGCUGGAUGGGCAUGAGCAUGGGGAGGAUGCGGCACAAUGGGAAGCAGAGGGCGAGGAGGAGGGCGGUGGGGGAGGGGAUAUGGAAAGGGACGGGGAAAGGGAUGGAGGGGGGGAUGCAGAGGCCAUGGGUGCAGCAGCAGCGGCAGGAGCAGCAGCAGGCUGGGCAGGGGACGGGUACAACUGGCGAAAGUACGGACAGAAGGUGGUGCGCGGCGAGGUGAACCCGCGGAGCUACUACCGCUGCACGGCGCCCGGCUGCCCUGCCAAGAAGCAGGUGGGCGUGGGAGCGCGCGGACAGCUGCUGGACUGCCACUACCAUGGCCGCCACUGCCAUGCCCCGCCGCCGCCCCCCGCCCGCCCCCUCGCCGUGCCCUCUGCCGCUGGCAGCGCUGGCAGCAUGGACGUGGGCGCGAAUGCAGACUCCAGCAGUGGCGGUUGCGUGAGGAGGGAGGGGGAGCACAGUGAUGGCCGUGGUGGCCUGGCGCACAGGGGGGGAGGGGUGGAGGGCGUGGGGCAGGGCAGGGACGAGGAGGUGAGGAAGGGAGAGGAGUGUGAGGGGGGGAGAGAGGCAAACGGGUGGGAGAAGGAAGGGAGGGGCGGCAACAGUGAGGAUGCGUCGCGGUCUCGGAGCAGCUUUGAGGGCGGCGAGGGCGAGGGGGGGAGUGCGGGCAGGAAGGCGGAGGGCGAGGCGAGCAGCAAAGAGCAGCGCAAGAGGCGGCCGGAGCCGUUCUGCGGGCAGCGCGUGCAGCGCGGGCCCAAGGUGGUGGUGCGCGCGGUGAGCGCGGUGGACCUGCUGGACGAUGGGUACCGCUGGCGCAAGUACGGCCAGAAGCUUGUGCAUGGCAGACGCUUCCCCAGUGCCUUCCUCUCACCCUUAUCACACACUUCUCGGCAGCGGUGUCCCUGGGGUAUUGGGUUUGAUCUUCUUGGCUCAUUCCCUUUCUCUGACUCCUUUUCCCGCCCUCCCUUCUCUUCCGUAUAUUGAUGCAACCUGGAUACAAGGUAGUCAAGGUACGGUACGUGGUACAAUCGGUACAGCAAGCAAGUUCUCUCUCUCUCUCUCUCUCUCUCUCUCUCUCUCUCUCUCUCAAGCGGUCCUUGUAUUGAUUGAGAACGUUGUACAUACUAAACAUGUGGGCGAAUUUCAAACCUAUCAAAGGUACGUGUAUGCUGGGGAUGGGCAGCCGGACUACUGGAGCUCCCCGAGGGGCUCCGCUAUGGCAAAACAGUCCCCUAGGCCCAUGAUGGCGUCAGGGGUACCCACGGGGGGGUACUCUGCCGGGGCAGCCUCGUUGACCUUUCCGAGGUAGGCCAGGGCCUGUGCCCGCUGGAGCGUGACGGACCAGCGCUGGCGGAACUGAUGCAGCAGCUUCGCCGCCUGGUAGGAGCUCGGGUCCGCGUUGAAAAGCCGCCUUGCCCCUGUGUCCGCCAGGAGCUUCAGAAAGCCGGGAACCUCGGCGCAGGGACAGCCAUAGGUCUCCACAGCCAGGGGGAAGAAACCAACAUAAGGUGCGCGGUUACGGUAGUGAUCAAUCUUCUUAUCGGCCUGCUCCCGGGCCAUAUAUCCCCGCCCCUUGCGUGCGUGCGGGUCCCGGGUGCUGAUGGGGUCCGUGACAGUGACGUCACAGAUCCAGACGGCACCGGAGUCUCUGUCGCGCAUGGCUAGGUCGGCCUUAUGACCGUCCACCGGGCUGUAGGUAGUGGUCUCCUUGGUAACGAUGAACCCGGCAUCUCGCGCCAUACGGAUGCACUCGUCGCGGAGUGCAUUGUGGGUGUCUGUCCGGCCAUGCCCCGUGCCGCAGCGGAAGAGGUGGUUGGGCAGCCGGGGGUCAAGGAUCUCAGUCUCGUCUGCGCAGUUGCAGUUGCGUGGGGCUGGGAAAGGGAGGCCGAGGCGGAAGGCGAGGGCGGUGGCAAAGUGCGGUGGUCCGAGGCGGAGGGAGGGGAAGAUGGGGAUGGCAUGGAUCCAAUCCCCUGCCUUGUAGCCUGCCAGGGAGAACAGACGCUGUGUGUGGCCGGAGCUGGGGUUCAGCUCCAUCCCGCGUGACGCUGCCACCUGGUCCGCAUAUCGGGCGGCUUGGACUUCGAGGGAGAGCCGGUGCUGGAAUGGGGUUCCAGAUGGUUCCUGGCGUUCGGAGCGCAGGAGCUCUAGCGCACGGGUCGGCAUGGCUGCCUCACACCCUGCCAGCCAGGAAGUUGGAGGUUGCACGCGCGGAGGAGGGUGUGGAAAAGCCCCCGUCCCCACUCCGACCACUCGGGUUGUGGGAGGAAAUCCAGGGGCGUGGUGCGGGUCAGGUAACUGACCCCCCGCGAGAUGCAGCGCGUGAGGAGGAGCGACGCCGUUUGGGGGUCCAUGGAGGCGAUGGCCAAUGGCCCCCACGGCGCCCGUGAAAUGGUGGAAGGCCGCUGUGCAAGCGGCUGGUUCUCCCACGAACGUCACGUCGUCCGCGUAGGCUAGACAGAGGACGUCGGGGUGGGCGACAGCUGUUGAUUGAAGCGCGGGGUGGAUGGCUGCAGCAAAGAGCAGGGGGCCCAUGGGGUCCCCUUGUCGGACGCCCCGUGCACUCUGGAGUGGGGGGCUGGCGAACUUGUCGUCAAGGUACAGGAGUGAGGGGGAGCCGUAUGAAAAACGGAUAAACGGUAACAGCGAACGAAGGGGCGAGGCGUCGAUAGCGGUGAUGAUCGCCCCUCGCUCAACGCUGUUAAACGCGUUAGUGAGGUCCACUUGGACGAUCACGAAGCCGGGACGUGCGGAUGUGAAUGCCCGGGUGGCGUGGAUGAUUGCUUCCCCGCCGCUCCGAAUUGCGACGCCGAACUGAUGAGGCAGAAAGUAUUCUUGUGUGGGCUGAGUUGUCGAGAUGAGGGCUGCUUUGGCGGUAAGGCGAUGGAGACAUUCGCCUAUGGCGAUGGGGCGUGUUCCGCCAUCAGGUUUGCGAAGGGCCAGCAGACGUGACGCGGUUAACAGCUCGCUGACCUCCUGGGGCAGGUUACCGGCGAGGAGCAGCUGCACUAUUUCGUGUAGGAGCUUAGCAACGUGUGGAUUGGUGAGCGAGGCGUCCCGCAGGUGUUCGAAUGUCAUCCCCGAAGGACCGGCGCCCACCCCAUUUUCGCUACGCGAAAGUAGGCGAAUGAAAUGGGCGAAGUCGAGCGCCGGUGGGUUGACGUCGUCCAGGGAGGGCCACGUGAGGUCCUCGGUCAACGGCCUUGGGUGUUUAGACUUCAGCGAGUCAAGAACCUCCGGGGUUGACUCGCUGACUGGGGUUGACUGGAGUGCCAGCAGGGCUCGGCGAAGGCUGCCUCGUCGCACCAGCCCCUCAGCUCGGGAGAUUUUCCCGAGGUCGUCACGAACGUGGCGAGGGGGUGCAGGCAGUGCGACAGCAGCAGCUGCUGACUGGUAGAGGGCGUCCCACUGGCCCGCGAGGAACUGCUGCAGACGAAUCUCCAUCGCUGGCCAGUCCGGGCGUUUGGGCGAUGACAUGCGAAGAGUUAGGCGGGGGAGAAAUAGUAACAACCGCCAGCCCCCGAUUGAGGUUGGAUUUUUCGCGAGAAAAAGGAGGGGCGUCAGCAGGGCUAACGCGAACAGCUGGCGAAUAGUGGGGGGUAGUCGCCUUGAAAGAG